AUUCAAUUUAACGAAUGUUGUGUUACUGCUCGUGGUAAUUUUUAAUAAAUACAUAAAAUAAAGCAUAAGGCGCCGCUGAGAUUGCUCACGCAUAUGUAAAUGUGUGUUUCCUUGAGCUGUGAAGCAGUGAGAGUGUGUGAAAGUCGGGUAAAUAGGCGCUCGUGCUGUGGAGGGGGGAUGGGAUGGGGCCACUCAGAGCUCUCGUGCUUCACUAACUCAGCGCGCUCAUUAAUCCUAGUUUUCUCCUUUAUAUCGAUGCUGUUUUAAAUUAAACUUCAUCUUUCCCGUUACCGCAUGUGUUACGUGGCAUCAGAAAAGCAAAAAGUAUCGGUCUGCGGUUGAAUUUUGGUGCAGAAAGCGUUUAAAAUGUAUCCUAUUGGAGCAGCUGGUGCUGCUGAGCUGGUUCAGGGACAUCAGUCUUCAGGGUCAGAUGUUUCUGCUCCCCUGUCUCCUCCAGCACAAGAGUAUGUCUUCAAACCACCUCAACGGCCAGACUUUGGCACAAUGGGUAGGACAAUCAAGCUUCAGGCCAACUUCUUUGAAAUGGAAAUACCCAAGUUGGAGGUGUACCAUUACGACAUAGAUAUAAAGCCCGAGAAAUGCCCACGGAGAGUUAACCGUGAAAUUGUUGAGCACAUGGUCCAGCACUUUAAGACGCAGAUCUUUGGAGAUCGAAAGCCUGUCUAUGAUGGAAGGAAGAAUCUCUACACUGCCAUGCCUUUACCCAUUGGAAGAGACAAAGUGGAGCUGGAGGUCACAAUUCCAGGCGAGGGGAAAGACAGAAGUUUUAAAGUAGCUAUCAAAUGGAUGUCCUGUGUGAAUCUGCAAGCUCUACAUGAAGCACUGUCUGGACGGCUACCAAACAUCCCUUUUGAGACCAUUCAGGCUCUGGACGUUGUCAUGAGACAUUUGCCCUCUAUGAGGUACACCCCAGUCGGACGUUCAUUCUUCACUCCCUCUGAGGGCUGCUCCAACCCCCUCGGUGGAGGAAGAGAAGUUUGGUUUGGCUUCCAUCAGUCUGUUCGACCAUCCCUCUGGAAGAUGAUGCUCAACAUUGAUGUGUCUGCCACUGCAUUCUACAAAGCUCAACCUGUGAUUGAGUUUAUGUGUGAGGUUUUGGAUUUUAAAAGCAUCGAAGAGCAACAGAAGCCCUUAACAGAUUCCCAGAGAGUGAAGUUUACCAAGGAAAUCAAAGGACUGAAGGUUGAAAUCACUCACUGUGGACAGAUGAAGAGAAAAUACAGGGUGUGUAAUGUGACUAGGAGACCAGCCAGCCAUCAAACGUUUCCCUUGCAGCAAGAGAAUGGUCAGACCAUUGAAUGCACUGUCGCCCAGUACUUCAAGGAUAAGUACAAACUGGUGCUGCGAUAUCCACAUCUCCCAUGUUUACAAGUUGGUCAGGAGCAAAAACACACCUACCUUCCGUUGGAGGUCUGUAACAUAGUAGCCGGACAGAGAUGUAUCAAGAAACUGACAGACAACCAGACCUCCACUAUGAUACGUGCCACAGCCAGGUCUGCGCCUGAUCGCCAGGAUGAGAUCAGCAAACUGAUGAGAAGUGCCAACUUCAACAACGAUCCUUAUGUGCGUGAGUUUGGAGUUAUGGUAAGAGACGAGAUGACUGAGGUCAAUGGUCGGGUCCUUCAGGCACCUUCAAUUCUCUAUGGUGGAAGGAACAAAGCAAUAGCAACCCCAGUCCAGGGUGUGUGGGACAUGAGGAACAAGCAAUUCCACAUUAAUAUAAAACAAAGUGCUAUCUACUGCUUUGCCCGCCCGCAGAGGCAGUGUACAGAACUUCUUCUGAAGGCAUUUACUGACCAGCUCCGUAAGAUAUCACGCGAUGCUGGGAUGCCCAUUCAGGGCCAGCCAUGCUUUUGCAAAUAUGCCCAGGGAGCAGACAGUGUGGAGCCCAUGUUCAAACACCUCAAGUACACUUACCAAGGCUUACAGUUGGUGGUGGUCAUCCUGCCUGGGAAGACUCCAGUUUAUGCUGAGGUGAAGCGUGUUGGAGACACUGUUCUUGGCAUGGCCACGCAGUGUGUCCAGGUGAAGAAUGUACAGAAAACCACACCUCAGACCCUUUCAAACCUCUGCCUCAAGAUUAAUGUCAAACUGGGUGGAGUCAACAACAUUCUUCUUCCACAGGGCAGGCCCUUGGUGUUUCAGCAACCAGUCAUCUUUCUGGGUGCAGAUGUGACUCAUCCACCAGCUGGAGAUGGCAAGAAACCCUCAAUUGCUGCUGUUGUUGGCAGUAUGGAUGCCCACCCAAGCCGAUACUGUGCCACGGUGCGGGUGCAGCAGCACCGUCAGGACAUCAUUCAGGAUCUAGCCACCAUGGUGAGAGAGCUGCUGAUCCAGUUCUACAAAUCCACACGCUUUAAACCAACGCGCAUCAUCUACUACAGAGACGGCAUCUCAGAGGGCCAGUUCAACCAGGUUCUACAGCAUGAACUGCUGGCUAUUCGUGAAGCCUGCAUCAAGCUGGAGAAAGAUUAUCAACCAGGCAUCACCUUUGUAGUAGUGCAGAAGAGACAUCACACCAGGCUCUUCUGCACGGACAGGAAUGAGCGGGUUGGAAAGAGCGGCAACAUCCCUGCUGGCACCACAGUUGACACCAAAAUUACUCAUCCGUCUGAGUUUGACUUUUAUCUUUGCAGUCAUGCCGGAAUUCAGGGAACCAGCAGGCCGUCCCACUAUCACGUACUGUGGGACGACAACCAUUUCACCUCUGAUGAGCUGCAGGUCCUCACCUACCAACUGUGCCACACAUACGUGCGCUGCACCCGCUCUGUCUCCAUUCCUGCACCAGCCUACUAUGCCCACCUGGUGGCAUUUCGUGCACGCUACCACUUGGUUGACAAAGAACAUGACAGUGCUGAAGGCAGUCACACGUCAGGUCAAAGUAACGGCAGAGACCAGCAAGCCCUGGCCAAAGCUGUGCAGAUCCACCAGGACACACUGCGCACCAUGUACUUCGCCUGAACAUAGCCAGAAACAAGACUUACAUCCUGAAAACAGCACGGUGUGUGUGUGUGUCUGUGUAUUUUUAUGUGUUUGCCUCUAUUGUAUAAAUGAGAAUCUUCAAAUGGGCAAAAAACCCAAGAAUCGCCAUGCUGUUAGGUUUCCAAUUACCCACAUAGUCAAUUUCCAUACAUACUUAAUAUCCAUGAUUUUUAGAACUGUAAUAUGUGAAUUUAUUAAUUUAUCUUUUUUUUCCUUUAGUUUAAGGGCAUGGUUAUGUGUCUCAGUUGUACAUGUGUAUGUCAGAUUAGAGGUUAACAUGUUUACAUAUAGUCAAUCCAAAAAUUCAGACUAUUUUUACACUGAAAGUUACAUUUGCAUCCGAGUGGGCUUGAUUCAAUACUAUUGCCAAGGUUGGUUAUGGAGACUGUCCAACAGUAGUUUUUACAAACUUAUCAAAUGUGUUCGGGUUAGAUUAGGACAACACAGAUCAGGUUUAGGGGUUGUGGGGAUGCAGUUUCCACAGCUAAAUUAUUUAUCAGCAAAAGCAAGUGCACUGACCAGAUGGGGACUUCAGGACAAAAGUACUUAUCCUGUUUUGUUUCAUUUAUUUGUGCUAAUAUUAAUUUUUUUUUUAUCAUGGUGUCAUUUAUUGUUCAGUCCAGGGCUCAGUCAUCCUACUGUACCUGCCCGCCAAUGACAUGAUCGACCGAGCACUAUCAUGUGCUUAUAUCAUGAAAUUUUAACACAGUAUGUGCAGAAUCAAGAAUGCAUUUGGAAUUGAGAAUGUAGGAAUUGUUCUGACAAUCAGUUUUCUGGCGCUCUGCCGCUCACAUGACACUGGUUCUCACUAGUGACGCCCUCUGUUUACCUGUGCCAGGGUUCUCAGUGCGGAAACAGCUCUCGAAUAUGGAUAAUUGUCACAAAAAGUACUAAUAUCUUUGGGCUCUAAGCAUUUAGAUGAGAUUAUCUUGUACGUACUUUAAAUUACUACUGCCAUGAGCAUUUCUUUAAUUUGUUCGCUGUUAAUAACGUAAGGUUUCAGCGGGUUGGGUGUGCGAGUUAAAUUUCUAAAACAUGUCAAAAACUCCCUUAAGGAAAAAAUACCAUCACCUUUUACUUUAAGCACAUGUUCUGAAAUUUUUAUUAUGAUGUUGUCAAAUCUUCCCCACAUUGAAACGCAAAGCCAGUUUUGUGCUGAAUAUUGGGGAAUCUGGAGCCCUGGGAUUUGCUUGGUUCUGUGCGCGGUUUCUAAUAGUGAAGUUUGACUGUACUUCGCCUGCCAGGUUUAAGCUGUCAUCACACUCCAGCUGGCCAUACAGGCAAUCAAGACUUUUUUUAUUAAUUUUUUUAUUUUUUAUUUUUUUAAAGAGUAAUACACAUAAAGUUGCAUUGACACAAAGUCGGAGUGAAAAUGUCAUACAAAUUUCAAAUGCACCUUAGUAGUUUUUUUUUUAAACCAAGAAUCUCUAGCUUAUAACAUAGAGGUUUUCAUGAGAAUAAGACAAAUUCCUUUUUUUUUUUUUUUUUUUUACAUUCGAGAUACAUUCUUUUUAGAUAUAUAAAACUAAAUUCAUUUUUUGAAAUCUAGUUUUUCUUUUUGAGACUUUUUGUAGAGUAACAGGGUGGGGCCAUUAGUCGAGUAGUUGUUAGUUUUUGUUGCUUAACCGCAUAGAAAAUAUAUUUAGUUUGAAUCCAAACUUAGUUCAAAUUGAAGCGCAAUACAUUGUAUGUGUGUCGGUAAACUGUUUUCAUGUAAACAGUCUUAUCCCUUCUAAAGCAUAUCAUUGUGAUGUGUAGUGAUUGAGUCUUGUUAGUGAAAUAACUGUAAGAUCACAUCCCAAAAUAAUUCUUCAAUUUUAACUUGAAAUUCUUGAAAUUUUUAACCAUCUUUUUCUAACUAUGCAUUCUUAACAAAGAGAUUUUAGUGGUAUGUUUGUGUAUAUGAAUUAUAAAUAUAGAACAUUUGUAAUGUAGUCAUUUUCAUGCUGGGUACUUUUAGUAGUGUAAAUAGUGCAGUCCUUGUACCCACUGUAGCAGUAUUAGCUUACAAAAUACUCUAUUUUUAUUAUCAACAAUUGGAUGUUCUUUCUAUGACUCUCAAUUAUUCCUGUUAGCCGAACAAGAUUACAUAUGUACUUGUAGUUAAUGUCCUACCAUAACUGAAGCACAAUAGGACAUUAUAAUUGUAGGUGCUAGAGUUUAUUCUUGAGACUACCAUUUUUUUACGUAUCUUGUUUAACUUCAACUUUUAAACAAGAAUCACAGACUGGUCAGAGAGAUUAAUGGGUAUGUUUGGUUUUUGAUCUGGCGAAAUCUAUGACUUUUGACCCUGAAACCCUGACCCUUCUUUUAAUAAAUCCAAUAGACUGUGUAUAAGGGGCAUUUUAAUUUAUGUUCAAAUACUUGACUAGAGUUAUGUUGUUAUUUGGCGCUGAUCUUGUAACUCGUGAAAGUAGAUGCACUUUGAAGAGCAAUGGACACAGAUCCCUAGUUCCGGUGCUUAUCUGGAUCACGAGUGUGUUAUCUGGGUGCAGUUGUGUGGAAAUGUCCAGAUGUCCUACCUCCUGUUACCUGUUCCUUGUAUUAUGGUAACAUUACCGCACUGGUCAUUUCCUCAUAAUUGCACUUAUAGGGAACUUGUCUUUUCGUCCCUCUGAAAGUGAAAGGGGUAGAUGUCACAGAAAAUCUUGAACACUUGCUCUAAAAUGGCAUCUUGAAUUCAUAUUUGUUCAGAGGCCAUACCUGCUGGCAUUUAGCCUAGAUGAUUUAGCAUUGCUGUUGUCUUAUGAUGGUAGUUUUCAGCUAUGUAUUCAAAGCUACAGUUGAGUGCUACAAGUUUCAGACAUGAAUCCAAAAGAUCAUUAUAUGCUUUCCAUGAAUAAGUGGCUUGAUGCUUUAAAUGUGCUCAGUAAGCUAUAAAAAAUUCAUAUUUAGUGUGAAUUUCAGUUUUAUCAUUUUCUGUCCUUUUUAAAUUGCAGCGCAGUCGCUUUAUCCAUAUACUUGUUUGAAUGUGUCGCAUAGGUUUGAAUGAUAGAAGGCUAUUUAUCAUACAGCAACAAAAACAUGAAAUGAAAUCAUUGCUCAAACUACUACUUACAGACAUUCUUUUCAUCCUCAUGACAUGCUUUAGUUAGAUGUUUUUUUUUUUUUUUUUUUUUUUAGAAGUUACUGAGUUUUAGUAUUUUAACCUUUUUAAAAAUUCAGCACCUUAGUCACAGGUCUACAACAUAUGCAAUUUCUCAAGUAUGAAAUACGGGAUGUUUUUGCACUAUAUCAUAAGAGGUGUUACUAAUUUACAGGUUAUAGAGAAGAACCAUCAAUAUUAGAAUAGUCUUGGCCUUGUUUCUUUGUUCAUAUACAAUCAUAUUGGCACUAAUCUAUUAAAAGUUAACAGACGUAAGAAGGUCUUGAGUUCUUACACUAUGCAAAAACUCACUUCCAUUCAGAGCCGUCAUUCUGUUUAUAUAUGGGGGUCAAAUUGUCGGAUUUUGUCUGUGAAAUCUGUCAUGCAUACCAAAUUGAGUUAGGGACUUUGAGUGAACGCAAGUCUCACGUGUGUGUGUGUGUGUUUUUUUUUUUUUCAUUCCCUCCUUCCACAAUACAAUCAACUGAUGUUUUUAGGAAUCUGACGCAAAUGCUUGAUUCAAAUAAAUCCGUUCAAAUAUCCGUGAAUGCAAAAGUAAUGGAGGCCAAGGAUUAAGGGAGGAGAAUGAAGGCGCUGGUUUUGUAGAGAUUGUCGUGUUAAUCUAUGCUGCAGCAUCUCUGUUUCAGUUCUUAAGAGGCACAUACAGUGUUAACUGAAAAUUGAAAUGGUGCCUCAAUUUCCCUGGAAACUUUGAAUUAUUUAUCAUUGUUAUGCCAUUUACGUUGUCUCUUGAGUCGUCUUUUCUAGAGUAUUGUCUUUUGCUGCUUGAGUGAAGCUUGUAUAUUGCUUGGCGAAGUAUCUUUCCAGCUUUGUGUGGGGUUACAGUGUCCACAUGCCUCUUCGCUUUACACCUUAUGGUUUGAAUAAAACUAGUUCGUUGUGUGUUGAUUCUUAGUUGGUGCCCUGAUGAGUUUUAGAUUUUUUAUUUUCAGAAACGUUUUUUUAUUCAUGCCAGACAAAAAUAAAUAAAUGCCAGUCUCAUCAACAGAAUUGUGCCCCUCAGCUUGAUGAUCAGAGGUGGUCUUUUAACCUUAAGAAACCUAUUGCUAAUGUAUUUGCAUUAGAACUUUGCACUAAAGUGUUCCGAAGCAGAAAUGUAAGCCUCUCUCAUACCAUUGUAGUUUUGUUACUGUACUCUUUGCUUUUUAAUUCCUAAGGUGGCAAGUUUAAAAUACGCUACCUUAUGACCUGCUAAAACCAUAAGGAUACAAGCGAACAGUUUGAAUGUACUUCAUACGCCUGCAUACUGGUUAAGAACAUCCACCUUAUUUUCACCUGCUCCACUUUGUUUUAUGCAUGCACAUUUUAAGCAGCAUUGAAUCGUUGGGCUUUUAUCCAUGAACUGUAUCUCACCAUUCAUGGUUGUGAUGUACUAAAUUAACAUAUGGGUAGUUUAUUCAGAAUACACACUGGCACAAAGAUCCUCGUAUCGCUGAUGUUUGUGGUGCUGUACUGUAAAAAGUGUACAUAAGGCAAUGUUUUGAGCUAUACUAUAACACCCGUGUUCAUGUAUCAACCCAAUAAGCCAAAUUCGCUUUCACUGAAGCCCUUUUACCAGCAAACACUCUGUGGUGGUCCCAUAAUGGUGGUUCAUUGUGUGCACAAACUAAACCUCUACUUCAUUUUGUUUCGUUACAGGUCAGUUGCCAUUCAGCUAGUUGUUGAUUGGGUUUCAAAACACUUUUUAGGAUUUUGCCCCCUCCCCCCCUUCUAAGUCCUAGACUAGUUUUAAAACUAGUCUAAAAUGACCAAAAUUGAAGCUUGUUGUAAGGGAUAAAAAUAUUGCAAAGUGUCCUGUUAAAAAGCACAGUUCCAUUAGUUCAUUACAUGCCAACAUGUUAUUUAUUCAAAUAUGAGCAUCCAUGUAAGAUGAAAAUGGGGCCUUGAGACUGAUUUAUUGGAAUAAUUGAGAGCUUCAUCAUAACCUGGCUUUUUAAACCAACUUUGAAAACUACCUCAAUAGUGUCAUGGUGCUAACAUUAAAAUAUCCCUUAUAUGUAUAUGUGCUCAUGACAAAGAACAAUAAUUGUGACCAAACAACACAAGCCUAUACUGUGUGUUAAGUGUUUAGUUUUCUUUCAAGCUUUUUUUUUUUUCCAAGCGAUUUUAAAAAUUUGUAUGGUGGAUCAACAUGAGGGAUGUUUCAGCAUGUAACAAAAUUGCAGGGGACCAAAAUAAAUAUGAUUUAAAAGCUUCCCUUUUUAAAAUGUAGUGAUUAAAUACUCAUCAGCUUUUAGAGGUUUAUUAAAAUCAUUUUCCACUGCAGCUUUUGAGUGGAGCUGUUCUCAGAUCCUCUGGUUGUAUCUAUGGAGAACAAAUGAGAAUUCAGGCCAAGAUAAUUGCCAAAACAUGGUGGUUAAGUUGGUGUAGUUCUUUUCUGGAUCUUGACUGAGUUGAGUUGAUCUGGUAUGUGGCAGUGUCAUCCCCAUGUCCGUCUCUAGCAUUGUGCCAUAUUAUGGAUAACAUACUGGACAAGAAACGUCCAAUGACCACUGCUCUGUGUUUAAAGUAUGUUCUGGGAAAACUGACAACAUUUUCUUAUGAAGCAGCUUGUCAGCUUGUGUCAAAUGGCAAUCGUUGAGCUUUACUGUCUUUGGAGUGCUAGCACUCUACUUGAUUCUUCUACUUGAUAUAUAUCCAGUAUUGCAAUAAAGAUGUUUCGCACUCAUUAGACCCAGAUCCGUUUGAUGAAAGUUCUACGACGAGUCUGCGAUAAGCUAUUUGUAUUUAAACGUUGUCAUGUGAGACUUCGGAGUGCUAUUCGUCGCAAUUGACGUGUAUUUACCUUGCUACAUUUUAUGAAGGGAAUUCAAUUUUGAUUUGACGUCUCUCAGACUGAUUAAGGAUGCGUUAAGCAUUCUAAUACACUGGCAUUUGAGUUUCUUGAGAGAUCAAUAUUAAGGUACAAAGAAGGUUGUAUGGAAAUCAUUCAGAUUCUUGUUUUUCAUCGGUGAGCUUAAAAAUGUGCAGCAUGUUUUGUUUUUUUGUUUUGUUUUGUUUUGUUUUUUGUCGUAUGUGUGCCUUUUCAAAAUCUCUCCCACCCCUGAUCGAGGGACUAUCCUAUUAAUUUGAUACUCAGCACCACAUUGAAUAAUUUGUACAUUUAUCAUGCAACCUUGAGUGAAUGCUGCAUAGAAUGAUCAGUAUUUGUAUUUUGCACUUUCUAAGCAGUUUUAAAGGAUGCCCUGUUGUAAUUGGGCACACAGACGAAGACUAUUUAAGACGAGGUAUUUUCUGCUACAAUAGGAAUUAUAAGGAACCAUAUGACUUGUUGGUCUUUUCGAAAAAUAAAGUGUAUAGAUGUGAAGUACCUCAUAAGCCUGAUAAAUGCUGCAUAAACUUCAUUUAUUGUUGUGAACCUCAUUUUAAACAAUUUCCCCUAUAGGGAGGUUUGAUGCCCACGAGCUGUGCAAGCACCUUCUGAAUUAUAUGAUUGACUAUUUAAAAGAUUAGCAGUGAUGCACAUCAAAUGCAAUUCUGAUAGAUUCACUGACAUAAUACAAUAUUACCGAGCCUCUAGCUUGAGCGUUGCUCAUUUGAUCGUGACUAUUAGAUAUGUAGUGACGUCUUGCAGUCAAAAGUUACAGUUGACUCAGGUAUUGCCAUUAAGGGCUGUAUCUGCUAUUGCCUCUCGUCCUCAAUCCCCUCACCUGUGUCUUAAUGUAGCCUUAGAACUGCAUUUAUGGAUGGAACAUAAAGUAUAUCUGGCCUUAAAAUAUGCACUAUUUACCACAACAUGCAAGUCACUACAAAUCAGGCCAUACGUUUUUGCCAUAAAACUACCUCCUGAGAAUGUAAGAGUGUCCUGGAACUGACAGAUGGGUUUUUUUUUUCUCCUCCAAAUUGUACUCUGUAAGUUGACAAUCAUCUUUUACUUUUUUUUUUUUUUUUCAUGAGUAAACUACAAACAGUUGAAAUUCCAGGACACUCUUUGUUGUUUUGUUUUUUUUAACCAUAUUCAUGCUAGUGAUGGAAAAGCCAAGUGACCAAAGUUUCUAUUCGAAGGCUUUCUUGCACUGCAUCGUGGUGUCAAACCUCCCUCUCACAUCAGCAAUUUAUCUUUCAUUUAACCUUGUGUUUGCUCCUUUAUAACAUGCCAAAUUAAAUUUGCUGUCAUUCCUGUCAUGAAUUCUUUAAUUUCUGAUACAUGUGUUUUGCAUUCACUGCUAAGCUCCUUGUUGUUGUUUCUUGGUAAAGUAUGAGCUUUUCUUUUCUUUUUAUUUUUUUUAAAAAACAAAAAAUUACAAAGCAAGAUAUGCUGUAAACCCUGCUAAGACAUAAUGUGAAAAUGUAUCAUUUAAUAUAGCUCACUUUCGCUUGACUGUGUAUUGCAUCAUUUAAUAAACUUAAUUUCCUCUGACUGCCGUGUCUUGUGUUUUCAAUGUUAUGCCAGAUUUUUUACUUCUAGCUAUGAUGUUUUUGGAUAUGCUGGCCUCAGCUAAUGUCUGCUGCUUUUGCCAGCUUUUUUCCAUUCCUGUUUGCUGAGAUCAUAUUGGCCUUUAAAAUCCCUCUACACUUAUGUUUUCUAGAUCAGCAAACAGCCAUCGGUAAGUGUCCACAGAUUGUGUGGAUUCUUGCAAAGCUCAAAACAAUGUUGCCUGAGGCCAAAACUGCUGUUUACUCUCUCUUCUCACACUACAGUACAAAACGAAGCUUUAUAUUGUAGAGUUUAGCUCACAUAAGUAAAAGUUAGGGUUUAUUUAAGGACAAUCCUUGUAUCUUUAAAAAAAAAUUGUGACUGCCUCAGACUCUCCUUCGCCCUUCAACAUCAAAAGGAAGGAAAAAAAAAUCACGGACAGGGAAACCCUCCUUAAAGUUUACAACGAUCGUGUCUCAAAACCUACUGCAUAUCUGCACCGUGUUAUAGAAAGAAUGUUUUUCUGAGCCCAAAUGAUGUCUAAAAGGCUGUCUAGAUAGACAGUACACUAGGUAUUGAGACACGGCCACUCAUCCAGCUGAUAAAAACUCUGGAACUGGAAAAAAUAUCUCAGACGUCUGUUUAGUUUUGUUUUACUCCACUCUGGCAGUUUUAUUUUUAAGUACAACGCCCGUUGUUUAUUUAGUGUAUUGUUGUGUUUGUGGAAAUAAAAAGUUUUUUGCUUAUCUAGACAAAUAUGCUGUGAGCAGCUCUGAGUUGAGCUGUGAAGAGCGAGUCAGAUUUUCCAAUAGCUCAUUUAUGAAAAGCACGCGAGCUCAUUUUCUGCCUGCUGAUCUAUAAUAGUCUGAGUAUCACCAGUAUGCUGUUGCUCCAGGACAGAAUGAGAAGGACUUGUUUGUCCUGGUGCCUUUUCCUGCUGUUUGUCUGGUACCCAGCGUGCAGCAUAGUGACAGAGCUUGAGGAUUCGGACCAGGACUGGGACUGGGGUUCUGGAUUACAUGAACUCCUAAACAGCUUUCCAGCUGAUAGUCCGUUUGUCAGAGAGACGCCUGGCAGGCCGGCCAACUGCACUCAGCGCUUCUGGCUUCCUCCAUCCUCCCCUGUGUGCUGGGAUGAUAUAGCAGGCCCAGAGGAGUUUGAGAAGUCCCGCCUUCUCGUGCUGCAGAACCGGGCGGCACUGCAGGCCAUAUCCACAUCUAGUGGUCUCGAGGAAGGAGGUGCGUCCUACGAUCAACAGGCCAGGGAGAACAUGCAGGGCGUCCAGGCUGACCAUCUCGCUGUGGCCCAGACGGCUGAUACAAUGCAGAAGGUGUUCAUGGAUUUGGAUGAGAAGAGGAAGGAGGGGAAAGAGCAUUAUACCUUCUCAAGUCUGAAGGAGCAGAUUGACAACACGAAAGACUCCAUUGCUAAAAAGGAGCAAGUAGCAGCUCUUCUAGAGAAACAUCUUGCCAAUCUGGAGAGGUCUUUGAACACUAUGCGGCUUCGACUGGCUGAACUACUUCCCCAGUAAUUAAUUUGAGCGACACAACCUACACAUGUGGAAAAUACUAUAGUGCAUGUUUUAUUAUUACAUUUUAUCAAACAAACAAGACGUGUAUGACUAUGUACUGCAUGCCAACAGCACCCUGUAUGUCUCUUUUGGUACGUAUUUUCCUCUUGUUUUCCACUCCAUUAAGUAAAUGGGAUAAAUAUUAGGUAAUUGCAAUAAAAUCUAUUUUUAUA